AUGCGUCAUUCUCUUUCAUAGGUAAAUAUCAGGGCCAGUGGCAAGAGGGCAAACGUCAUGGUUAUGGUAUACGCACUUCGGCGCCAUUUGGCUUGGCCUCUCAUCAUAAACGUAAAGAUGUACACGCUUCAUUAUCAUCACUGCGUAGCAAUGAAAAUGCUGCAAAUGCGGCAAAAAAUGCCAGUCGAACCGAAGAGGUAAGAGGUGGAUUUGUACUGACCGCCAGAUCGGAUAAGUUACCGGUAAGACGUAACAGUCUGUCGGAAAAAACGAAAAAGGGAUUCUUAUCGGGUUUAAAAAUGAGAAAACAGCGCAGUACUGGAGAUCUGGAGAAGAGAGGAACUUUAGCCUCGGGUAGUAUACGUUCUACAAUGUCUACGGCCUCUUGGCUGAGUACAGGUUCCGAGCUAUCCAAUUUAACCGCAAAAUCUAUGCAUACAGAGUCUAAUGCCAGCUUUACCAUGGAAGAUGAACAACUCGAUCCCAGUGUGGUGGAAACCUAUAUGGGUGAAUGGAAGAAAGAUAAACGUUGUGGCUUUGGUGUGGCCGAGCGCAGUGAUGGCCUUAAAUACGAAGGCGAAUGGUAUAACAAUAAGAAGCACGGCUAUGGUGUGACCACUUUCAAAGAUGGUUCCUUUGAAGAGGGCAAAUAUAAGAACAACAUUUUAAUUACCAGUCAAAAGAAAAAGCAUUUGUUUAUUGCCCGUUCUCGCAAGUUUAGAGAACGUAUUUCGGCUUCGGUGACAUCGGCUCAGCGUGCUCUUAAAAUGGCAAUGCAACGUUCAGAUAUUGCCAUAUCGCGUACCGGCACCGCCAAUACCAAAGCACAAAGUGCUGAUAUUGCUGCCGAUCAGGCACGCAUCGACUGCGAGUUGGCUGUGCAAAUGGCUCGUGAGUUUGCGCCUGAUUUUAAGCCUUCUGUUCUGGAACGCUUUGAAAAAUUACGGUUUCGCGAACGACACAAGGGACCAGCGGCUCAAUUCAGCAGCAGUAAUGCCGCUGCAGAAUCGUAUGCUAGCACAGCGGUGGCCCAAAGGCCUACGGGUUUCCAAAAGAACCGUGAUGGCUCACAGCCUCAAAGGGAAUCGGAGUUUCCGGUACCCAGUUCGAUGUAUUCCCAACAGUUGCCAGUUUCUCCACAAACCGAUUUGUCAUCCCUGGUGAAUCAACCACAAAUGAGUGCCAUAAAUACCAUCAAUCAGAUGUACCAUCAACAGCAGCAGCAGCAACAACAGCAAAAUAAUCCACAAAUGAAUCCCGCAUAUCAAUACCAGCCACAGCAACCGCCAGGGUCAAACUAUGCUCACAGUAAUCUAAGUGCUAGUGGUAGUCCGCAAAUUUCUCAAUUGCAAAAGGAUAAUAACAUGUUUAAAAAUGCGGAAGCUGCCCACACGGCCAACAAUAUGCCGCAACAACAGCAGCAGCAAAUUAACUUGCAGCAACAACAGCAGCAGCAACAACAAAUGCAACAGCUGCAACAGCAACAGCUGCAACAGCAACAGCAGCAACAAUUGCAGCAGCAGCAACAACAACAAGCAUAUCAGCAACACCUGAUGCAGCAAAGACAGCAACAACAAUUGUUGCAACAACGACAACAACAACAGCAAUUGCAGCAGCAACAACAACAAAAACAGUUGCAACAGCAACAGAUUCUUCAGCAGCAGCAACAACAGCAAUAUCAGCCAUCAAAUUUAGACUCUCCCAUGUAUGGCAGUAAUCAAGUUCGUCGACCCUCUCAAAUCCAAUACCAACAGCAGCAACAACAGCUGCUGCAACAAGCUGAACAAAUGGAUAGCAUGAAUCGUUCCAAUAAACCACCCAUGAUGGGUCAAGUAGGACAACAAUCCUCUAUCGAUCAUUUCGAUCAUUAUAAACGACCACCCAGUAGAGAUACAUCCAUUGAUCGCUACACCAGAGCAGCCAGUCGUCUGAGUGGUGGCUACGGCUCACGUCAAACUUCAGUCGAUCGUGGAGCCAGCAGUGCAGGCACAGCGCAGGCCAAUGAUAGCGGCCUACCCGAACAGAGGCCUCGAGCUGGAUCAGUAUUUAGAGGAUCGACACCAGCCCCAUCGGCUGGUAACACGCCCACAACCGGCAAUGGUUCAGUUCCUACGGGAUCGGGUCGUAUGUCGCGUGCGGCAACGCCCAGCUUAAGCACAAAUUCUCCUUCGGGCACCACAACAACGGACGCCAUGUUUUCGAAACCCAAUCAACCCUUUGAAGAUAUACUCCUGCGUCAGCGUACUCUGGGUCAGGAUAUUGUGCCCUCACCCUUGCAGCCCAAACGCACAGAAAGUCUGUAUAUGCCCGUUAAGCCAGCGUCACCAAUGGCUGCUGCCGGCGGAGGUGGAGGCAAUAAAAAGUUAAAGAGCGUUCCUAUAAAUGUUACGCUACAGCGUAAGAAAUCUUUGCCCGAUUUCCAAGAACUGCCACGUGCCACAGAGGCUAUGAGCCGCGAGGAGGUAUCCGCUUUGGGCUCAGCUAGACGUGAAGCGGUACGACGACAAAUUGAAAUGAAUGAAAAGCUCAAAGCGAAUCCAUUAUUAUAUCUCGUCAGUCCACAAGUUAAAGAUUGGUUCUCACGACAACAGUUGGUGCUCUUGGUGCUUUUUGCAAACAUUAUAUUGGCCAUAUUAUUUUUCAAAAUGCUGACAUAGCGUAAAUUUUUUCACCCACUACAACAGCAGCAGCAACAACAACAACUACAACUACAUGAGACAAACGCAGCAUAUAAACAUCAUACAUAUAAAUAUUUUAUUUUAUUUUUAUCUAUUUAUAAAUUACAUUUUACAUUUGUUUUCAAUUUAGGUAAUAUAUACUUAUUAAAUUAUUUUGUAAUAGUUUAAACUCCAUUUGUACUUGGACUUGUCGUGGCACGACAAUUAGCAACACCUGCUGCAACAGGAGGUAACAUGAAGUGCAUGUGUUUACAUGAAGACAUUUUUCUUUUUUUUUCAUCUUUUUCGGUAACAGGAGUCUACAUAACAUCCCAUUGUCGAUAUUACUUAAUAUUUUGUAUAACUACCACAUACAUACAUUUAAAAAUUAAUUUAAAAAAAUAA